AUUAAUUCUAAUUCCAAAUGGAGGAUUCUGGAUCUAGUAAAGACUCUAAGGAGCUUAACGACAGCCAAGACACUGACCCAUCCACAGUAGCCACUGAUGUCGAGGCUUUGAAGAUGGAAACUGACGACCAAGAGAAAAUAGAACAAGCUGAAGAAUUUAAGAAGCAGGGUAACGAAGCUUUCCAAGAUUCAAGGUACCAAGAAGCUUAUGAUCUUUAUACAAAGGCCGCUGAUCUUUGUGUAGGAGGGAAGAAGCAAGCAGUCUAUUUCUCUAACAGAGCUUUUGCAAGCAUUAGGCUUGAAAACUACGGAAUUGCAGUUGUUGAUGCCAAAGCAGCUUUGGAUAUUGACCCUAAAUUUGUAAAGGCAUAUUACAGAAGAGGUUCCGCGUUAUUUGCCCUUGGGAAAUAUAAGGAAUCAGUGAGAGAUUUCCUCAAAGUAUGCAAGAUGUUCCCAAAGAGUAAAGAAGCAAGGACCAAGUAUGCUGUUGCAAAGAAGGCCAAGGUGGAAAUGGAGUUUGCCAGCUGCAUUGCAGUGGAAGAAGUCAAGAUCGAAAUUGAUCCUGAAGAUAUUAUAGUGGAAGAGAGCUAUAGUGGACCUGUUAUCACUAGUAGAGAAGAAAUUAAUGUUGAGUGGGUACUCGCCCUUAUGCAGCACUUCAAAGAAGAGAAGAAACUUCAUAAGAAAUACGUAGUCAUGCUGAUCAACUUCCUCAUGGACUCUACAAAAGAGCAGGAUGCUUUAGUCGAUAUUGAAGUUCCAGAAGACGGUGACAUUACAAUUUGUGGGGAUACUCACGGUCAGUACUAUGAUUUGAUGAACAUUUUUGAAAAGAAUGGGUAUCCUUCAGAGACCAAUCCUUAUCUCUACAACGGAGACUUCGUCGACAGAGGAAGUUUCUCGGUAGAAGUUAUGCUUACCUUGAUUGCUUGGAAGAUAGUCUUCCCUAAUCAUGUUCAUUUGACAAGAGGAAAUCACGAGACUAAGAACAUGAAUAAAAUGUAUGGGUUUGAGGGAGAAGUCAAAGCCAAAUAUGACAUGAAGUUAAUGGAGUUGUUCUCAUACUCUUUCUGGUACCUUCCUCUAUGAUUCUUAAUCAACAAGAAAGUUUUGGUGAUGCAUGGAGGCCUCUUCUCUAAAGAUGGCGUUAAGAUUGAGGAUCUGAGAAAGAUUGAUAGGUUCAGAGAACCCCCGGAUUCAGGACUCAUGUGUGAACUCCUUUGGUCUGAUCCUUGUGAUCAGAAUGGUAGAUAUCCAAGUAAGAGAGGAGUUGGAUGACUAUUUGGACCAGAUGUCUCUGAAAAGUUCUGUGAAGAUAAUGGAUUAGAUUAUGUUGUGAGAUCACAUGAAGUAAAAAUGGAAGGAUAUGAAUUCCAGAAGGGAGGUAAAGUUAUCACAAUUUUCAGUGCUCCUAACUACUGUGACCAGUCCAAAAACAAAGGCGCGUGGGUGAAGUUCAACGGCAAAGACAUGAAGCCAGUGUUUACCCAAUUUGAUGCAGUGCCCCACCCAGACAAAAGAUGUAUGAUGUAUGCAAACCCCAUGUUCUCCCAAGGCAUGUGUUAAUACCGUAAUUUAUUGAGGGUCCAUCCACUUCAGUUUUUGG